GCGUGGACGUAUUCUGCUUGCGCUCAUAGACACGUUUUUGGUGCCUAGUAAGUUGGAGAACGCACCAGUGUAUAAUCCACGCAAGCUGUUUGAGGAAGAGGAACCGGCAGGUCUUUGCAUCACUCUCAGCGAGGCUGGGGUAGCAACGUUGCCAAGCGCAACUGGCAUGAACGACAAUGACGACGACGACGUGGGUCCUCCUGGCGGAGGCGGCGGUGGAAAGUUUUCUCCACAAAACCGAAGUUCCACACCCAGUGGCGUUAUGCAACGGGCAAGCAGCAUACCAGUUGGGGCGGCCACAUGGUUUACCUCAUGGUUUGGUAAUCGUCUGUCGAGCAGAAGUGCCGUUUUUACGCAUCCAUGUGUUCCCCUCAUUCCUGCCCUGCUGCACAGACAAGUUUACGCCAUUCAGGGGCGUGUGCUCCGCUCACUCGCUCCUGCCUCCGCGCGGACCGCUGUGAUGCGCGACGGUGUCGCUUGUCACCGCGCACUACUACCGUUACUUUUUUGCCCUGAGGAAUUUGGCACCAACACCGAUGAAGUGCUUCGUUCGCUGCAACAGAUGCACGCAAACGCUGGUGGCCGAAAACAAAGCUUACCAGCGACCCCCAUCUCUCCCGAUACCUCGUCCCUCGUACUGGAGACUCGGUGA